AUGUCGAGAGAGAGGAAGGGUGAUGAUGCGAUUAUUCCUCAUGGCCGAAGCGGUGAUUACUCCGCCGUCGGGCAUGAAUACUCCACAUCUACAUCCUAUUCCUCUUAUAGCGGAAGAGCACCGUACAUCAAUGGUACGGAGUAUGCCGCUUGGAAGCAUAGGAUGAAGAUGCUCUUAAAGUCUAUUAACCCAUCUAUUUGGAGAACAGUCGAAAAUGACUAUGUUUUGCAGAAUCCAACCGCGCCCACCGAAGAAGAUGACAAGAAUGAGCAUAAGAAUGCUCAAGCCACCAAUGCAUUGCUUAGUGCAUUGAGUUCAAAUGAAUUCAACCGGGUCGAUGGGACCGAGAGCGCCAAAAAAAUUUGGGACACCCUCCGCAAUGUCCAUGAAGGCACCGAUGGGGUGCGUGAAUCCAAGGUGGAAAUCUUGAAGGUACAAUUGGAGAGGUUCGUGUUGAAGCCGGAGGAGACCCCAUGUAAGAUGUACGACCGGUUGAGCAAGAUCGUCAACGAGAUCAAGGGACUUGGGUAUAAGGACAUGACGGAUAGUUAUGUUGUGAAGAAGAUGCUCCGGGCAAUCACACCAAGGAACUCAACCUUUGUAACUCUCAUACAAUCCAAGGAUGCUUGCAACUUCAUCUCUCAAGGCUCAACACCGAAGAAACAAGACAUAGCCUUGAAAGCCGUCAAGGAGGCCGAGGUUGAUGAAGAGUGUACUUCUCAAGCCGAGAAUGACAUGGCAUUGUUCGUCCGGCGGCUUGGGAAGUACAUGAGGAGAAGCGGUUUCUUCAAGGGAGGCGCCUCCAAGUCAAGCUUCGGCAAGUCAAGGGGAAGGCACUCAUCACGCAAGUGUUUCGAGUGUGGUGAAACCGGACACUUCAUCGCCGAGUGCCCUAAGCUCGAUGACGACAAGAAGAAGAAGAAGGAGGAAAGGGGUAAGCUCAUAUCGGUGAUGAGUGGACCUCCUACUCCGAGGGCAACUCAAGCUCAAGUGAUGAAGAUGGAAUGUCAUGACUUGAUUGAUGAAAUUUGUGGGAGUGAUGAUGAUAAGGUUGAAGAUGAGUUGGUCGAUGAGCUAAGCAAGGAGUCCUUGCCAACCAUGUGUGAAUUGCUUGAUACUGUUGAGGGUCAAGAGUCCCUUCUCGAGAAGCAAGAGGAUAUGCUCAUUCGUGAGAAAGAGCGUAACCUUGAACUCGAGAAGAAGGUGGAAAGCUUGGAAAAGGCAUACCACUCUCUAGAGGAUAAGCUUGACACACUCAACAAGUGUUCUCCCUCCCUUAUUGAGAUAUCUAAAAACUCAAAGGAGUCAAGCAAUGAGCCAUAUGUUAAAUGCAAGUACCAUGACCUUGAUGCUUGCACCUCAAACGCCAAGGCCGUGAAAGCCUUGACCGCUCAAAAUAAGAAGCUCAUGGGGUUACUCAACAACGGGCUUCUCAAGUGCCACAUGGGUAGUAAGGCCCUAAAGGAGUACCUCGGGUACCAACAUGACAAACACAACCGUGAAGGCCUUGGAUACAUUCCUCCACCUAAGGGAAGAGUUGAUAGGAGUGUGAUGAUCAAGAAGAUCAAAGGGCUUGACAACUUUGUCAAGGCCAAAAGUAUCCUCCCUAUUACUCAUAUGCCUCAUUGUUCAUUUGACACAUCUUAG